AUGCUGCCCAUUCACGGAUACUACUGGCUCGCGCCGCUGAUCACAUUCGCCUUUUGGUGCACGGAUAUCUUUGGUCUCUUGGGUCUGUGGGGUGGUAGGGACAACUUCGAGGGAUACAGCAAUGAUCAAGCUACGGUAGUCUUCAUCUCAGAUGUGGGAGCAAGGCACAAGACGUUCUUUAUCAGUGAGUCCACGUGGAAAAUGCACGAGUCUUCAGGCACGGAUCAUGCGCGAUCGAGUCACCUUGCGAGAGGAAGACGCCGAUUCUCAGAUUUGCCAAGGGUAGCGGCUGGAACACCAAGCUGACGAUCGCCCCCUUUUGCACAUCCCUCUGCCAGUCUUUUCAUCCUUAUCAGCUGCCUUCUACAUCCUCACUACGUUGAUCGAGCGUCAUCUUCGUCACCAAAGGCGUAUUCCUGGAUCUUUGAGGAAGCGUCAAACCCACUACGACAUCGCAAGCGUUGUCUUUGCUGUCAUUGGUGCUGCUGCAUUGGUCUUGCUUAGUGUCUUCGAUGCGGUCAAGUGAGUCAAAAACAGAGGCCUGUAUGCGUACUCAAAAGGCCGACAGUGGUGUCGGCCACCACUCCUCCGAGUACCUGCAAGCGGUGGCUAGAUUCGCAAAGAAGCGAAUGGCAGACGCUUACCUUGCUCACCUUUCCGUAACUACAGCUACUCAAACGUGCACUGGUCAAUGACUGUGGUGUUCGUAGCGGGGGUCGCAAUCAGCGUGCUCUUCCAGACACUUCAGAUCUUCAGGUCAGUUCAGCAUGAUUCGCUCCAAAGCGAUCGUCUGCUUACCAGCUUCUCUUUUGUCUGAUUCUCACGACAGCCUUUCCAAGUCGCACGAUGACGAACUGUGGCAUUUGCGUGCCAUGGCAAUUAUCAAGUCCAUUCUGCUUGCCAUUGCCCUCAUCGUCCUCAUCGUCUUCGUAGUGACAUACGCUAUUUGCUCUGGAGACGCUAGACAAGGGGACACGCGCUGCAAUCGGAUCGUCAGCGUAGCAGGAGUAGCAGAAUGGACGUGUGCAUUCAUUCUCGCGCUCUUCUUCUUGACCUACACUGCCGACUUUUACCCAGCGAGGAAGACCGCUCAGAAGGGUCUCACGGAAGAUGGAGAGUACGUCGCUGACAGAAACAGAGCCAUCUUUGCGGGAGAGGGACACAAGCCCGAAGCUCCUUAUGCGGCUGCUCGCGAUCUCGGACCCAAUGCUACGAACGAGCAGUACAACGACAUUACUGGCAAUUCUCACCUUAACGGACACACUAGCGAUGCCACCUUGGCUGCACAGAGGGAGAAGGAAGCUGAGAAGGCUGCUCAACAGGCGUAA